AUGGGAACUCCAAUGAUAACACUUUAAUUAUUAAACGAGGUCAAUGUCCCCAGAAAUCCAAACUCAGCUAAAUUUCCCUGGUGUCUGAAUGCACCCUCAGAGAAAGGUAAAUAUUUAAAGAGACACAGAUACCCUUCUAAGGUCCCCAAACCCAGUGGAACAAGCUAUCGAGGGCUAAAAGAAGACUGAGUUUUUUAGAAAACUUUUCAAGCUGGGAAUAAUUUAAAUACUAAUACUCAGGCUGGGGAAAUUUCAAAUACUAUUACUAUUAAUAAUAAUUAGUUAUUACUACUCUUAGUAAUUAAUAAUAAUAAUAACCAUAAUUUAUCGAGUCCCUAAACUGUGCUAAAACGGUUCUAAUAAAUUUAAUCUUUGUAGCAAUCUGUGAGGUAGGUAAUAUUAUAAUUCUUAUGAGGGAGUGCAAGAUCAGAGAUGGGGACAGAAACCAGUCAAGUUUGCCUGACAUCCAUCAGCCAGGGCCUGGACACCUGGUCUCAGCCCAGCUCUGCCUGCCUUGCUGUGUGAUCUAGGCUCCCUGCCCCACCCACAGCCAUGGCCACGAUGGUGGCCCAGAAGCUCAGCCACCUCCUGCCCAGUUUGCGACAGGUCCAUCCGGAGCCUCAGCCGUCUGUGCACCCAGAGCCUGUGUUCACUGUGGACCGAGCUGAGGUGCCGCCCCUCUUCUGGAAGCCAUACAUCUACGUGGGCUACCGGCCGCUGCAUCAGACCUGGCGGUUCUACUUCCGCACACUGUUCCAGCAGCACAACGAGGCGGUGAACGUCUGGACCCACCUGCUGGCUGCCCUGGUGCUGCUGCUGCGGCUGGCCAUCUUUGUGGGGACCGUGGACUUCUGGGGAGACCCACAUGCCCUGCCCCUCUUCAUCAUUGUCCUGGCCUCCUUCACCUACCUCUCCCUCAGUGCCUUGGCUCACCUCCUGCAGGCCAAGUCUGAGUUCUGGCAUUACAGCUUCUUCUUCCUGGACUAUGUGGGUGUGGCCGUGUACCAGUUUGGCAGUGCCCUGGCGCACUUCUACUAUGCCAUCGAGCCCGCCUGGCAUGCCCAGGUGCAGACCAUUUUCCUGCCCAUGGCUGCCUUUCUCGCCUGGCUGUCCUGCACUGGCUCCUGCUACAACAAGUACAUCCAGAAACCCGGCCUGCUGGGCCGCACUUGCCAGGAGGUGCCCUCAGCGCUGGCCUACGCGCUGGACAUCAGCCCCGUGGCGCACCGCAUCCUCGCGUCCCCGGAACCUGCCACAGACGACCCGGCUCUUCUCUACCACAAAUGCCAGGUGGUCUUCUUUCUACUGGCUGCUGCUUUCUUCUCUGCCUUCAUGCCUGAGCGCUGGUUCCCUGGCAGCUGUCACAUCUUUGGGCAGGGCCACCAGCUCUUCCAUGUUUUCUUGGUGCUGUGCACGCUGGCUCAGCUGGAGGCUGUGGCGCUAGACUAUGAGGCCCGGCGGCCCAUCUAUGAGCCUCUGCAUACCCGCUGGCCCCACAACUUCUCCGGCCUCUUCUUGCUCACCGUAGGCAGCAGCAUCCUUACCGCGUUCCUCCUGAGCCAGCUGGUACGACGCAAACUCGAUCUCGAUCGGAAGACCCAGUGAACGGUGGGGUGGCAGCUAGGAGGGAGGGAGGUGUAAUGGGGGCCCAAGGGUCCGGGCUUGGCUCCAGAUGGGAACAAGCCCUGGUAAAGUUGUUUGUGUCUGGCUCGCAAUGACUUUCUGUGUAUGCCCCAGCUGCCAAGGGUGGCACUGGCCAGUCUUUGAAUUUGCGGAUUGGCUGGAGAUGUUGGGGUCCAGUCCUGGGCCUGUCCCAGCUCCCUGCCCUGCGAGAGGGAAAGAAGGAUUUGGGACACCCAGGUUUGCCUCCCUGCAUUGUCUUUUACUUAGAAGUGAGGAUGGGGGAUCAGCUGGGGCCAAGACCCUGGUCCAGGGCUUCCAGACAAUCCGGGAGUGGGUGAAGUUGGGAUUUAGGUCAGAGUCAGAUGUGAGCUGAGAGAUGGGAAGCGUCAGCAAUACCCCCUCUAUUCAGAUUUCUCUGGUGGAUAGGGAAAGGGCAGGCCCAGAAUGUGUGCAGAACCUUGAACCCCAGCCCGGAAUUUUAGUGUUCCAGAGCGUCCCCAAAAGUAGAAGAUAAUGCCAGGUAGAAAUGGAUCCCAUCCAGUGUCCCAUACUUUUUUAGUCCCUGUCCCAGACAGCGAGCCCCAACCCUCCUAGCUCAAACCUCUGUGUCCUACACAUCCUGUUCCCAGCAACUUUCCCAGUUCCCUUACUCACGAUUCAGUGUUUAUCCAUUCAUUGUUUCUUGGGCCUUUUCUCAGAGCCAGGCCACUGACUGGGCCCUGUGGAUCAAUACAGGAUGGUGAAGGCUUUAAGAUCGGAAUGAACUGUAAGGGGAAGCACUGAGGAGGGAAUAAGUAGUACUGCCUGGGACCCUCAGGGUCUUGGGUUGGGAAGGGUGACUAGGAGUUUGCAGAUGGAAAAGGAGAAGGGUAUUCCAGGAAGAGGGAAAAACCUGUCCGAAGACUAAGAGGUGUGGAAGGGAGAGUUCACUGGGGUUGGAGUGAGGGGUAGUUUGGGCCUUGACAUGUCCUGGGUGCAAUAAAGUGACUGUGGUAACAGA